GCGGACCCCGCGGCUGCACCCCCGGUGCGGUGGGGAUGGGGCGGCCGCUGCGCCCCCCGAGGGCAGCCGGGUGCUGAGGGGCGCCUCGACGGCAGCGCCAUGGAUGCCAACCUGCCCGGCACCUUCCUGCUCAACGGCCCCGCGCUGGGUCCCUUCCCCGAGGCCAAGGCGCCCGUCUGCCAGUACUCGGUGCAGAGCUCCUUCUACAAGCUGUGCCCGCCGGCGCUGGGCACCCCGCACGGCAUCUCCGACAUCCUGAGCCGCCCCGCGGCACCGGGCGGCAGCAUCGUCCCCAGCUACCCCCAUGCGGGCGCAUUGAACGGACUGAGCUCCACCGGUGUCUACUAUGGAGCGCAGGUGGGGGCUCUUCCCAAGGCCGGCAGCGAGUUCCUGCCACGGGGCCGGAGCUGCUGGGCAGAGGCAGCCCCUGACUGGAGGGGUGCCCGGCAGUGCGGCGGCCCCCCUGCUCACCUCUCUGACAGCAUCCACAAGAAGAAGCACACGCGCCCGACCUUCACCGGGCACCAGAUCUUCGCCCUGGAGAAGACCUUUGAGCAGACCAAGUACCUGGCGGGGCCGGAGCGAGCCCGGUUGGCCUAUUCCCUCGGCAUGACCGAGUCCCAGGUGAAGGUCUGGUUCCAGAACCGCCGGACCAAAUGGAGGAAGAAGAGCGCGCUGGAGCCUUCCUCGUCCUCGCAGCGGGCGGGGGGCUCUGGCGGCGAGCGGGCGGCCUCUGAGGCUGAGGAUGAUGAAUACAACAAGCCCCUGGACCCCGACUCGGAUGAUGAGAAGAUCCGGCUGCUGCUGAGGAAGCACCGCGCCGCCUUCUCCAUGCAGGGCUUGGGCACGCACAGCGGCUGAGCUGCCCCCAUCCUGCCCAGGGAUCGGGGCUCAUGGAGCAAGCACAAGGGGCAGCACAAGGCGGGGAUGAAAUAAAGGUCCCGGCCCCAGCCAAGUCCCAGCGCUUGCUUCAUGGGGCUGGGCUAGCACGUAUGGGGCAGGGUCAGCAUGCCAGGCAGGGGUAGGGGCUGCGGCUGCGGUGCUGUGUGCAGGAACGGG